UCCUAUUACUACUUCUCUUUAUAAUAUAUCUUAAAAAUAUCAACACUGAAUGGUCCAGUUUAAUUGGCUGGUUAUUCAAAGGUUUCACAGUCGUCCAAAUCUUUCUCUGAGUACCAAUAAAGAGCUUUGUAUGGUUUUAUUCUAUUAUAUGAAUGUAUACUGUCAUUUCCACAUAUUCUUACGGUGAUAAUGUAUAUUAAAGCAUUUAUGAUCAGUAGAAUAAAUAUAUGUGUAAAAUGUCAGAAAGUACUUGAAAAGUGAAAGCAUCCAUAUCGUUAAAUAAGAAAAUAAUCACAAUGAACAGGCUAGAUAAAUUAGUUUGGUCCAAUACUAACAAAUAAUAUUAUACAAAACCUGAAUUAACACAAAAGAACCAUUCAAAAGUGUUUAAUUUUUUUUAAAUCUGUAGGUUUUUCUUUUCAUGUUUGUUUGUUUGUUUGUUUUCCGUAAAAGCAUUUCUCUGAACCCUUUUUAAAAAAAUGUUAUCCAACAACCUUUUAUGGGUAAGUUUAGGAAACAUUGUUUCGUUAUUAUUAAUCUCAGCAGAUACACGUCCUCGCCAUAAGGCUUAUCCUGCUUUUAUUGAACAGGAAGCCUGAGGAUAGCCGGUCAAUAUGACCGCUGCCUUGGAUAAUAGAAGUAUUAUCUGAACCGGAUCAUGCAAUGUGUCACUCAGCGCCUCUUACAUCACGCGGGGAAACAUUAUUGAUUUUUUUUCAAUUCUUAUUUUUCACUGAAGUCUUCAUGAUUCUUCUUAUUUUUUUUAAUAUAUAUAUAUAUACUUUUAUAUUAAGACUUUCAGGAUCAAAAAAAGUUGUUGUUCUAGUUAAGAUAAUUUAUUUGUUAAGUGUUAUUUAUUCUCAGUGAGUCGUGCAUUAAAAUACUGUACAAAGGUUUUCUUAUUUGUCCAGUGGCUUUGCGAUAGGUGCUAAAUAAAUGUGAGUGUCGAUGGUUCAAACUCAGGGUGCGUAAUAAAUGAAACUUUUUAAAGAUCUUGGUUACUUUCUUAGCGUUAGAACAUUAGUUGGCAGGAUUAAUGAUGUCACUGACCUAAACAGGCUUGUUUAGGGAUUUAAAAUACCCACUGGAUGAGUGAAGGAUUCAAAUACAAAGGUUAAAGGUUAAAUGGUGAGGAAAAGGUAUCGGAGUGAAGAGAACUAUCAAUUCUUACGCAUGAGGACCCUCGUAAAAAAAAAUAAAAAAUGUAACUUUUAGUUUUUUUUUCUUUUUCCAGUCCGUGUAAAACUUGAACUUUUAGCUUCUUUUUUUUCCAGUCCGUGCUAUUAGAUGUAGGUGCAACUUGCAAGGUCUUAAUCUGUGACAUUGCCACUGUCUGUGGCGCAUUGAGGAUUUGUGGAGUGUAAGAUUAGAGCUCUACCUCGUCAUAAAUCUCUGCUUCCCAAUUCGGCCGUGUGGUGGCGGGUGGGGCAAUUGCGAGAUGUAGUCUGUGGAUUUGGUGGCUAACACGUUUGUGCGUCUACGUAGCGUCAACCUCAAAGAAGUUUGUAGUUUUUUUUUUAAUACAUUUUAAUUUUUUUUAUCCAGACCAGGAAAAUUUUGAUUGUCGCUUUUUUUAAAAAUUGUUAUUUUCAUACCAGAUUUUUUUUAAAUACACUUUUUUUUUUAGUUACGUUUUUUUUACAAGAACGUAAGAGUUUCCCCCGUAACUAUUUUUUUUAUGGUGUUCUGCUGCGGCUCUCCACGAUGAACUACUGCAUACCAGACAUGUACGAGAUGCCUCACUCGGGGAUGGGAGGCUACGCGGUGCAGGGCGGUGGGGAACACUGCAUGUACUCGGGCGAGGGACCCGGGUACGGACCUUGUGAACCCCAGCCUCUGCACCAUGCGCCUUGCAUGGACCAGGCGUGGCCGCCCGGCCAGCACUACUCUUGCUCCUACGCCGGCGGCUCGCCCGGUUUCAAGAGCGACUUUUGCAACAUGGAGAUCCCUCUCAGUCAUUUCCACCAUCAGCCUGAAUAUUUCCCUGAGAUCAAACCUGACUUCUCACACCUGCAGUGGAUGCAGGAGGUGCACAAGAAAGGGUACAUUCCAAGUUACCUAGACAAGGAUGAGCUAUGUGUGGUGUGCGGGGACAAAGCCACGGGCUAUCACUAUCGCUGCAUUACCUGCGAAGGUUGCAAGGGUUUCUUCAGGCGGACGAUCCAGAAGAACCUCAACCCGACCUACGCUUGUAAGUACGAGGGGAAGUGCGUCAUCGACAAAGUGACGAGAAACCAGUGCCAGGAAUGUCGCUUCAAGAAGUGCAUUGCAGUGGGAAUGGCCACCGACCUGGUGUUGGACGACAGCAAGAGGCUAGCCAAGCGGAAGCUAAUUGAGGAGAACCGGGAGCGUCGUCGGAAGGAGGAACUGCAGAAGACGGUGUUGGACCGACAGGAGCCCACCCAGGAGGAGUGGGACCUCAUCCGUAUGGUGACUGAGGCCCAUAUGGCCACGAACGCGCAAGGCAACCACUGGAAGCAGAAGCGGAAAUUUCUGGUCGAGGAAGCUAUGCUUCUUAAUGAAAUAACAUGUAAUUUAUUCUAUACUUCUGACCAGAGUGCAGCGGGGGUGAAGGAAACUAAGCCCGAGGAUAUUGGUCAAGCGUCCAUGGUCAAUACGCCUGAAGGAAACAAAGUGGAUAUAGAAGCCUUCAGUCAGUUUACAAAAAUUAUCACCCCUGCCAUAACCCGAGUGGUGGACUUUGCCAAAAAACUGCCAAUGUUCUGUGAGCUGCCUUGUGAAGACCAGAUCAUCCUGUUGAAAGGCUGCUGCAUGGAGAUCAUGUCACUGCGAGCUGCUGUUCGCUAUGAUCCGGAGAGCGAGACCCUCACGCUCAACGGCGAGAUGGCAGUCACGCGGGGUCAGCUUAAGAACGGCGGCUUGGGCGUAGUGUCGGAUGCCAUCUUUGACCUUGGCGUGUCGCUAUCCUCCUUCAACUUGGAUGACUCGGAGGUGGCUCUUCUACAGGCUGUCAUCCUGCUUUCAUCUGAUCGUCCGGGCCUGAGCAGCGUGGAGCGAAUAGAGCGCUGCCAGGAGGAGUUCCUGCUGGCCUUCGAACAUUACAUCAACUACCGCAAACACAAAGUGGCUCAUUUCUGGCCCAAGCUGCUAAUGAAGGUGACGGACCUGCGGAUGAUCGGCGCCUGCCACGCCAGCCGAUUCCUUCACAUGAAAGUGGAGUGUCCCACCGAGCUAUUCCCUCCUCUCUUCCUGGAGGUCUUCGAAGACUGACCAAUGGAUUUUAGUAUACGUGUGUGCGUGCAUGUAUGUGUGUGUGUGUGUGUGUGUGUGUGUGUGUAUGUGUGCACACGUCAGCGCCUGGGCAACCCUGGUGGUCUCAGGGGGUGGACCCGGUCCGAAGGCCCGUCACAAUGAACUUUCUAUUAGCACUACUGAGUGUCACUUCAUUCCAUAGUUUAGGAGUAGCUCUCUGGUGUAGUUUUGGAUGGAACCAUUCCUUACAGUGCGGGUACAUGUGAAUAGCAUUUUGUUCUUUUUAUUUUUUUGUUUUGUUUUGUUGUUGUUGUUAUUGUUGUGGAUAUAACCUCUCACCUCGGAUUCUACUAUAGGUUUCUUUGUUUUGAUGAUUGUACAGUUGGCAUAAUGGUGAUUUCUUUUUUUAUCAACACUCAUUCAUUAGAAACCAUGCAAAUGUUGUAUUUUCCUUCCCUUUUUUUUUAUAUGUUGGAAAAACUCAAAAUGGCUGCUUCACCGGAUUCAGAAAAUAAGUAAUCGUUAGACCCGUCGGCUUCCCCCCCACACUCGACUUUAAUGGACCCAUUUGUUGGCAUAUUAACCGUCGUGUAGUCAGUCGUCCACAUGGUGAGUGUGUGUGUGUGUGUGUGUGUGUGUGUAUGUGUGUGUGUGUGAGAACUGUGCCUCGCCGUCCUACUGUGACCGUUAACAACAACACUCACUCUGAUGGACAGCAGCUCACGGGCCUUCGUAAGUCUCCGGGUCUCCGGGUCGCCCGCACGUCGCGGCGUCCAGCGGGAACGCGGCGUCCAAUAAAUGUCGGAAAGAUCUGAAUUUGCAACAGAACAGCAACUCGAGACAAGAGCUCCAAUAAAGAAAGCCGGGUAAGAUCUUACUACCGUACCUUUUUAUGAGAUGACGGUGUGUGAUUUAACAUUGCACGAUAAUCCUGAGGUUGUCUGUCGGUAGCUAAUCAUGGAAGUUUGAAUUGUGAAGAAGAGACGACUUUAGCUGAUGCACUCCAACACAUUCGGCAUGUAAAAGCAACAACAACAAAAAAAAAACGGGAAAGCGUUGUAUGUUAUGUUUGUUUCGAAAAUGUCCGGCCAAACUCCGUUAAAGAAAUCUGGUAAUUAAAUCACAACUUAAUAGACAUAGGAUUCAAAUGCAGAUAUAAUCAACAAAGUCUUAAAACAAAAAUUCCCUAGUUCCGCUUUCUCAUUUGUUAGGAUUUGUCAUUUAUUCUAUGAAUGAUGUGAUAUUAAAUGUAAUCUCUUUUGGAUUUUGGAGGAUUGGUUGGACAAAAUAAGCAAUUUGAUGACAUCAUCUUAACCCUUGUGUCAGGCAUUUUUCCCUCUUUUUUUUUUUUCCAAAAUAUUUUUGUAAAAUGAUGAUUCAUUAACGUAAAGAUGGUUAAUGGAGAAGAAUCGGUGCAUUAAUCGAUAAUUCAAAUAAUAGUUGGUUGCAUCCAAAACAAAUGCAAUUUUAUCAGCGGAAAGGUGGAAGUAUUCAUCCAUAGGAAUAAGCUGUGUUUAAAAAACUAUCUGGGCCAAAGAAAAUAUUUUUAAAAAAUUGUUUUGCUUUUAUUUUUAACAAACGACCAUAGAAACACACAGAUGUUGUAAGAUGGAGGCUACCCGCUGCUGAUUCAGACUUCCGACAUUGAAAGUAUAAACGAGCCUGUUCAUCACGACCAGUGGCUGUGAGGACUAACUAAAGCACACAAUGGCACCGAUGUCCAUAAAAGACAAUCAUAUUCUACUCGUUUUGGUGUAACGAUGCCACAUGCCGUGCCAAAAUCGAGUAAACGAUAUCGAAUCCCUGCUGGUUAAGCUCGGUACUGCGUGCCGCUCGCAGAGAGCCGUCCCUCUGACUCGUGUUUUAGUCCACGUUCUACAAGACGACCAGGAUGAGUUCUUAAUGCGAUUCAUCUCGGCCAUGUUGCCUCACUAGUCCCGAAUACAAUGAAUUAAACUCCAUUACAAACGGGGCACUGUAUGUUAAAGCAUAAAUGUCAUGGUGCUAUGGUGAGUUGGGGGAAAAUGCUGAUUGAACUGUAUUGAUAUUCACAUGCAGGAAUGAACAUUAUCUCUUUGUAUAACAGCCCACUACCCUCUUUUGAUGGCAUGCAUGUACUGUACACUAACACACAAACAUGAGCAUGUACCGUGCACACUGUGCACCUGCACACAUACUGUGCAGGUGCACAUGUGUGUGUGCAUGACACAGGGGUCAGACGCCACCACUGUGACCAACCAGUGGGAUCUGUAGGCCGAGUAAACGGUGUGAUUCUUCAUCAGCGAGGUACACGGUGAGAUUGUUAAAAAAAAAAAAAACGUAGCGCUCUUUCCUUUUUAUUUUUUUAUUUUAGCCGGUAUAUUCUUUUUGUUGUUUGUUGUUGUUGUUCUAAAAACCUCUCUACGGUAUUGUCGUUUGCCACGUGACAAACAUUUGCUCUGUAUAUCUCGCUUCACACUACUCCUCAAAGCAGCUUGUUGUUUUGUUUGUUUAUUUCUGUUCCCCUCUUUUCUGUGAAGUGAUGCCUUUUUUUUCAAAGCAAUAGACUUGCUGCAGUGUUUUUAAAUGACUCGGACCUCACACACACACACACACACACACACGCACACACCUCGCAAACUGUACAGUCUCAGAAUAAAUGCACAGACAAUCAGAGGGAGAGAGAUGGAUGGGCCCGGUUGUUAUUUUACGGGCCAUCUGGUAGAGUAACAUUGGCCUCGAUUACAUGCACCCCCUGCCGCUGUCCGUGGUCCUGAUCGGUCCUCGGCAGCAGCCGUUGGUUCCCAGUGACUCAGCCCGCCCGGUGCCGUUGAUGAAACCAGUUAACAGAGUAGUCCUGGAAGAAGGAAAUACAGCAACGGUGUGAUUUCCAAUUAGUUGCUCCCUUUUUGUUUACGCUCGAUGGAUGAAUUGAACUAAAAUAACAUCAGUUGGCACAAACGGUGACGAGAUGAACAAAACGUGAAAUAAAUCUGGUCAGUUAUCACAACCGGGGCUGGUUGCACAAACGUGCAUAUAUAUAUGUAUAUAUAUAUAUGUAUGUGUUUAUAUGACUGGUUUGUAGAUUGAGCUCCGUCCUAAUUCUGCUCUUGGGUUGUCGAAUGGCCGUUUUCAACCAAACACUCUGAGGAACUGAACUCGGGGACUAAAUGAGGACCCAAGUGUCACUUUGGUGCGUUUGUGUUUUGCUUUUCCGUUGCGUCUGAAGAACUGUAAGGAAAAGACGGGCAAAUUACAUUUGUGAAUUGGACCCUAAAAAACAUAGUGACCAUUCAGUCACAAUGAGAUGACAACACUGUCGCCCGGUUGUCUUUUGUAAUGUUCUGUGACGUGACUGUUAGAGAAAUGCUUUGUUAACUUGCUCUCUCUUACCUCCUUUUUAAAAAAAUGUAUGGACUUUAAGACUGCAUGACUUUAAACAUCAACAACAUUUAAACAUUUAUUUUUGAAAUGUAUUUAUUAAGUCCUAUUCAAAGUCUGCCCGUGCAGCCAGCCCCAGGUUUGUCAUCGUCAAAGCAUGAACUUUCAAGAUUAAUGGUCUUUCAGGCGAGUCACAAAUCCUUCAGAAAGCUGGACCCGAGAUGAGAGAUUACAUUCAGUUUUUUCUCUUUUCUCUGAGUUCUUGCCCUUAAUGCAAAUUAAGCAGAUUGAUCCUUCUUUUGCAGGAAUAAAAUAAAAAGAUCUUCGUUUAGGGCAUGCAUAAUCUUAGAUUUCCAGACUAAACAGGGUAAUAAGCCGGACCUCGCAGCGGUGUUCUUCCGUCACGACAUUUUAGUUCAAUCUUGAAGGCCACGUUUUUCAUUUGAAUGGUUUCAUUUGAAAUCUUUUAAGGAAUUACCGGUUAGCUCAACCAGGUAGGGUUAUUCUUUUUAGCAGUAAGCAACCAAAACCGUACCUCAACAAUAACCAAACGUAUUUACAGUAACCUCAAAGCUACAUUGAUCAUUUUUACUUGGCCACAUUGUGGCAGUGCUUCAUAACUCAUGAUAAUCACACUUCUUUGACAAAUUAUGGCUUUUAAUGAUGUCACGGCUGACAUGUAAAUCAGAAUUGUAACCAAAACCAUGACCUGGUUCAUGAUCGGGGUUCGUCACCGCAUGAAACCCCUUCACAGUACAUGUCACUCAUUAUUCAUAUAAAAUAAUAUACGAAUAUACAAAAUAAAACAAAAGUUUCUUUAUAUUCUUUUUUUUUUCUUUUUUUUUUAACCAAAUCCCAUCAAAAUACAAAUUAAGUAUUACGACCCUUCACUUUGUUUGUGAAACAAAUGUUUGUGUUUUUUUGUUUUUUUAGGUUACGUGCACAUGUGAGGUAAUGGCCGUAUGAAUAUGUUUAAUUUUACAUGUCCAUGACCAUAAUUACUUGAAUUAUCAUAUGCACAGAACUGUCGGUGCAUGUAAACGUAGUCGAAGCUGCCUGCUGGUUCAGAUGAUGUUUACUGGUCCCAGUGCGCCGGUUUCUCUCCCACGAGUUGUUGCUCUUAAGGUUUCUCAGUUACAAAACCAAUAACCACAGUUGCACCAUAGAAAAGCUAUUUUACAGUACAAAGAAAAAAGGAUGUAUAUUUUCAAACUGCAGAUUUUUUUUACGAAUGUUGUUGGCAUAAUAUGAACAUGGUAUUGUUUUGCAUAACGUUGGAGGGGGGGGCGGGGAAUAAAUACAGUAUCUUGCUCUCAAACCCAUUUCCACAUUAAAAUUUCCAUUAGCAAGACGUUAUGAAUCAUGUAAAAAGAAACAUAUUAAUUAGUGCAGCAUUAGGUAUGCUAUUAAAAAAUAUAUAUAUAUAUUUAAAAAGGCAGAAAAAGCAGAACACUUCUCGGUCAAAGUGUAACCGUCAUAAAAAGAAAACUUGACCCACGUCACCAGACGUCUCUGCUCGUGUGUUUGAUGUCGUCUUGUUCGACUCAUCUGUUCAACGCGUACUGGAAACGGAGAGAAAGGGAGUGAGACGAGUGGCGUGCACGAGUGAAUCUGUGACGGCAAAACAGAAGAUGAUGAUGAUGAUGAUGAUGAUGAUGAGAGAAAUAUAAUUCUGUCACAAAUCUGCUGUCCUCGCCUUCGGCGUUUACCGGGGAACCUCGUCCGGGUAAUCCGUCGUGCAGCUCUGGAAAGCGCGUUGUCAUGACGAUGCAAUUAAUGUGAACGAGCUCUUGAGAAUAAAGAUGGUUUUGAGAGUG